CCAUCGCUUCCUCCGCCAGCCACCCCGCCCUCCAUCCACCUGCUCCGCUCCUCUGUGCGCACCCAACCCACGGCCCCGGGAUCGGACCCCCGUCCCCAGAUCCGCUCCGCGCAUCCGACCUAGCUCUACCCUUUGCUCCGCUCUUCGGCCGGGGAGCAGCAGCAGCGGGCGAGGGCGAGGGGAUGGAGGGCCUGGCGCAGCGCGCGGCGCUGCUGCGGGACUCGCUCGGGAAGAGCCAGGCGGCCACCGACGCCGUCGUCUCCAUCCUCGGCUCCUUCGACAGCCGCCUCUCCGCGCUCGACGCCGCCAUGCGCCCCAUCCAGCUCCGCACCCACGCCGUCCGCACCGCCCACGAGAACAUCGACCGCACCCUCCGCUCCGCAGACGUCAUCCUCACACAGUUCGACCGCACCAGAGAGGCAGAGCGCGAAAUACAAAAAGGUCCUAAUGAGAACCUCCAGGGUUUCCUCGACGCGGUCGACCGGCUGCGCAGCAUCGAGCGCUUCUUCAGCUCCAAUAGGAGCUACAGCAGCAGCGACCGGGUGCUCAGCCACGUGAACGGCCUCCUCUCCAAGGCCCUGGUGAAGAUGGAAGGUGAAUUCCAGAACCAGUUGACUCAGCGCAGCAAACCGAUGGAGCCUGACCGUCUUUUCGACUGCCUUCCGAGUACGCUUCGGCCAUCAGCCGAGUCUCGGUCUGAAGGUGGGAAACACCCGCCAGGUGGCGCGCAAUCUGAUAACCAUGAAACCGCGGAGGCUGCCGUAUACAAGCCUCCUGCACUUAUUGAGCCCAAGUUUGUUCCUUUGCUUGCUAAAUUGGCACAGCAGCUGGUCCAAGCUGGAUGCCAACAGCAAUGUGCAGAAAUAUACAGCGAAGCUCGUGCUUCAGCUUUAGAGUCGAGUUUGAAGAACUUGGGUGUUGAGAAACUGAGUAAAGAUGAAGUGCAGAAAAUGCCUUGGGAGAUUUUGGAGUCUAAAAUAGGGAACUGGAUUCAUUUCAUGCGAAUUGCUGUGAAACUUCUUUUCGCUGGGGAACGCCAGCUCUGUGACCAAGUUUUUCAAUGUAGCCAAUCUUUAAGGGAUAAGUGCUUUUCUGCAAUAACCAAGAACAGUUUGGCUACUCUACUCAGCUUUGGUGAGGCAAUUGCUAUGAGUAAAAGAUCACCGGAGAAAUUGUUUGUUCUGCUAGACAUGUAUGAGAUAAUGUGUGAACUUCAAACAGAGAUUGACACCAUCUUUGUUGGAGAAUCAUGCUCUCAAAUGCGUGACUCUGCACUCAGUCUGACAAAAUGUUUAGCACAAACUGCACAGAAGACUUUCAGUGAUUUCGAAGAAGCUGUCGAGAAGGAUGCAACAAAGAAUAUUCAUACUGAUGGAACAGUUCAUCCUUUGACAAGCUAUGUGAUUAACUAUGUUAAAUUUUUAUUUGACUAUCAAUCAACUCUGAAACAGCUCUUCCAGGAAUUCAAAAGGGAAGAUGGAUCAGGUUCUGAGCUGGCAUCUGUGACCAUGAGUAUUAUGCAAGCUUUACAAAAUAAUUUGGAUGCAAAAGCAAAACAAUACAAGGAUCCUGCAUUGAUGCACAUCUUUUUGAUGAAUAACAUUCAUUAUAUUGUUAAAUCUGUCCGCAGAUCAGAAGCCAAGGAUUUAUUGGGCGAUGACUGGAUUCAAAGACAUCGAAGGAUUGUACAGCAAAAUGCAAACCAAUAUAGAAGGGUUGCUUGGUCAAAGGUGUUGCAAUGCCUCUCGGGUCAAGGUUUGACUUCAUCAGGAGGUAGUGGUCAAGUAGGAAGCGAAGGUGGCAAUAGCAGUGGAGCUUCAAGAACAGCUGUGAAAGAGAGAUUCAGGUCUUUCAAUCUGCAAUUUGAAGAGAUUUAUCAAAAGCAGUGUGGCUGGUCUGUUCCAGAUUCAGAGUUGCGUGAGUCAUUGAGACUGGCAGUUGCAGAAAUUCUGUUACCCGCGUACAGAUCCUUCCAAAAACGCUUCGGGCCUCUCAUCGAGAACAGCAAAGCGCCUGGGAAGUACGUCAAGCACACGCCCGAGCAGCUUGAGCUGUUCCUGGGCAACCUAUUCGAGGGGAAACAAGAACGUCCUUGAUAGCCGCGUCGCUACCCGCCGCGCUCUGUGUGGGUGCGACGAUAUUGCUGUAAAUUAGACCCCUGGUUUGUCCAUGUGACUGACUCCAACUGCAUCGGCCCUUGCCUCGGUGCAUGGUCUUUUGUACAGAGUGUAAGGUCUAGCUGUAUGUCUUGCCUUGCUUAUCAGAGUAGUAGGUGGUUUCGAUGUGCUGAGAUUCUUUUUGUUCUUUUGGGGGGGAUUGGAAUGCUGAAAUUCUUGUUAGCAUGUUCAGUACUGGUGGUGUGCAGCAGUCCAGCGUCGACGUAGUUCGUCGGUGUUUCCCUGUUCGGCCUUGUAGUUCUGCGUAGUGGUAAUAAAGUUGACCAGAGUGAUCAGAUCAGUGGCUCGGUUAUGGAUUGUUGUAUUAUAGUUGACCGCAGUGAUGAGUUUGAGCUAUUGUGCAUUU